UGCCAUGAAGCUGGGAUGUUUUUGAAAGCCGUCAUUGCAGCGGAUCGUGAUAACUGUCAUCUUUGAGGAUUUGGAUCUGGUACAUAUGAUAUGUCUAUGCUAAAUUGACUAAACUAAAAUGAAACCCAUCACAAAUAAUUUGCAAACUUAACUAAUUGUUAACUGCUAAUUCUACUCCACUUAAAUGUUGUCACCUCACUAAGUAUAAAACAAAAAUAAAACAAAAACUCAGUAAAAAAAAAAACUAUAAAACUCAAGUGUAAAAGUAUCAUUUUUUUAUAUUAUAUUCCAUUAUAUUAUUACUCUAUAACAUUGGCCCUAUUGGUCACAUUUGAAAUAUGAAAAGUCUCGUUACAGGUACCUCAUCCAUCUUUAAGAACCAAACCAAUCUUAAUUACAAAAAUCCAACUUUAAACAUCGUCAACAACUUAUUAAUUUCAUCAACUAUAUUACUAUAUUAUAUUUUCACUAUAUUGUUUGAUUAUAUUGUUAAUUAUUAUAUUAAAAACCCAAUUGAGUGUUACAUUAAACAUUUUAUUUACACCUCAACUAAUCGCUUUAUUAAAACCAAACAAAAUUUUUAGCACCAAAAUAUCAAACGGCUUAUGCUUGUGAAGGUAAGAAAUUAACCAUAGAAUGUGAACCGGGCGAUUUGAUAAAUCUGAUACGAGCCAAUUAUGGAAGGUUUUCGAUAACGAUAUGCAAUGAUCAUGGCAAUAUGGAAUGGAGUGUUAAUUGUAUGUUUCCCAAAAGUUUAACGGUGCUCAAUUCAAGAUGUGCUCAUAAACAAAGUUGUAGUGUUUUGGCUACGACCAGCAUGUUUGGUGAUCCUUGUCCCGGCACUCAUAAAUAUUUGGAGGCUCAUUACCAAUGCAUAUCAGCGUCACAAACUUCGACCACUACAAAUCGUCCCAGUCCGCCACCUUGGGUUCUAUCGAAUGCUCCACCUUUAUUACCAAAUGGUAGUUCUUCUAUUAUAAAUCCUGCCGUCUUAUCGCCACCUUUGCCACCAGCCCAACGACCACAAAUGCCUAUACCGGGUUUGGCCAAUACAAAUCUGCCAUUAGGCGGCCUGCCAAAUGCGGUGCCUUCCUCUCCCGGUCCACCCACUAUGCAUACAACCUUGCCAGGUGGUCGUCUAAAGGCUGGCUAUAAUAGCACCGCUUUAAAAACACCCACCCGUCACGAUGGUCUACCGCCACCACCGCCUUUGCAUCAUCAUCAUCAUACAUCAGCAUUGGGUCAUCAUCCAGCCAGUGAUCAGGGUAAGGAAGGUCCCAAUAGAGGAGCAGUAGGAUCGGGGGGAGAUCAACAUAAUCAUAAAAAUCCGGCAGAAACCAAAACAAGCAAAGCUCCUGUUAGUAAUAGCAAUAGCAACAACAAUACCACCGCUCCACCCAACACUAGAAUACUAACGGGCGUAGGAGGCACUGGCAGUGAUGAUGGCACUUUACUUACCACCAAAACUACCACCCGGGGCCAACAGCAGCAAUCUCCCUUGCCCACUGGCACCACCACUGCCUCCUCUUUGGGCAGUCUGAACACCACUUUAGGUGCUGGUAUUAUAAAAUCCAUUAACAACAUCAAUCUCAACACUGGUUUGGGUGGGGAAGAUGAAACCAAUAUGUUUUGUGGUCCCACCAAUGCCCGUAAUCUCUUUUGGAAUAUGACUCGUGUGGGUGAUGUAAAUGUACAACCCUGUCCUGGUGGUGCUACCGGCAUUGCCAAAUGGCGUUGUGUUCUAAUGAAAAGAAUUAGCCUGGAUGAUGAUGAAGACUCAUCGGCAGCGGCACAACCACCCAUUUGUAAUGGCACCGCCUGCCUCAAUCUAAGACUACGUAAUUUUGAACCCACCUGGCAUCCCUUGACACCCGAUCUAACCCAAUGUCGCAGUCUGUGGCUUAACAAUCUGGAAGUGCGCGUUAAUCACCGAGACUCUUCGCUCAUUUCAAUAGCUAAUGAUUUGUCCGAAGUGACUAGUAGUAAAACUCUGUAUGGUGGCGACAUGUUGGUCACCACAAAAAUCAUACAAGCCAUGUCGGAGAAAAUGUAUCACGAUAAGGAAACAUUUCCCGAUCAGCGUUUGCGUGAAGCUAUGAUUUUGGAGUUGCUGCAGGGUGUGGUGAAGACGGGCUCGAAUCUUUUAGAUGAAUCACAACUGUCCUCAUGGCUCGAUCUUAAUCAGGAGGAUCAAAUGCGAGUUGCUACCUCGUUGUUGACCGGUUUGGAGGAUAAUGCUUUUCUUUUGGCCGACACCAUUAUAAGGGAGCGUAAUGUGGUGCAGAAGGUUAAAAAUAUAUUACUCUCGGUGCGAGUUUUGGAAACUAAAAGUAUACAAAGCAAUGAAGUCUUUCCCGAUGCCGAACAAUGGCAAAUAAGCGACGAUAGAAUAGAAUUGCCUCGGGCUGCCCUAAUUGAAAACAGUGAGGGCGGUUUGGUGCGCAUUGUGUUUGCAGCAUUUGAUCGUUUGGAAUCGAUACUAAAACCUUCCUAUGAUCAUUUUGAUCUUAAAUCCGCCAGAAGUUAUAUACGCAAUACUGCCAUUUUAGCCAAUGAUAGUGAUUCCGCUAAUUCCCAACAACGUAUACGCAUUUUAAACAGCAAAGUUAUCUCGGCCAGUUUGGGUAAAGGACGCCACAUACAAUUGUCUCAACCCAUUAAAUUGAUUUUGAGACACUUGAAGACGGAAAAUGUAACCAAUCCUACUUGUGUUUUCUGGAAUUACAUAGACCAUGCCUGGUCGGCUAAUGGCUGUAUACUGGAGUCCACCAAUCGUACUCACAGCGUCUGCAUGUGCAAUCAUUUGACCAAUUUUGCCAUACUUAUGGAUGUAAUGGACGAUCACACACACUCUCUGUUCACCAUGUUCGAUGGCAAUAUGCGCAUUUUAAUUUAUGUCAGCAUAUCCAUUUGUUUGGUAUUCAUUGUGAUAGCCUUAUUGACUUUGAAAAUAUUUAAUGGCGUAUUUAUUAAGUCUGCCCGCACCUCUAUUUAUCGCAACAUUUAUAUUUGCUUAUUAUUAAUCGAAGUUCUAUUCCUUAUUGGUAUCGAACAAAUCGAGGCAAAUAUAAUAUUUUGCGGUUUUACUACUGUAUUUUUACAUUGUGCCAUAUUAACGGCCAUAGCAUGGUUUUGUUUUGAAGCAUUCCAAUCCUAUACAACACUAACCACCGAUGAUAUAUUGCUGGAGGUUGAUCAGACCUCAAAAGUUAAUUGUUACUAUUUACUCUCAUACGCUCUAUCAUUUACAAUUGUGGCCAUAUCGCUGGCCAUAAAUCCCAGUACCUACACCGAAAAUGAUUAUUGUGUAUUAAUGGAAACGAAUUUUCUAUUCUAUGCCACAUUUGUAACGCCGCUAAUGAUAUUUUUAAUGAGUGCCUUGGGUUAUACUUUCCUGUCGUGGGUUAUAAUGUGUCGCAAAUCACGUACCGCUCUUAAAAAUAAAGAACAUACUAGAUUGGCCAAUGUUAGAUUUGAUAUACGCUGUAGUUUUAUAUUUUUGCUGUUAUUGUGUGGUGCCUGGUUUACGGCUUAUUUCUAUUUAAGACGUUCAAAAUUGGACGAUGAAAUGUCCCAAAUAUAUGGUUAUCUAUUCAUUGGUUUCAACACCAUGAUGGGUAUUUAUAUAUUUGUGUUUCAUUGUAUACAAAAUGAAAAGAUACGCCGUGAAUAUCGCAAAUAUGUUAGGCAAAAUUCUUGGCUGCCCAAGUGUUUGCGCUGCUCGAAAACUUCUAUAUCUUCGGGUAUUGUGGGCGGCAGUGCUUGUGGCAUGAAUUCGGCCGGCAAUACGGGCACUUUGAAUAGCAAUACAAACGCUUUGGUCAACUCAACGGGUACACAGUUGAAGAAAGCAAAAAUUCCUCUGGGAGAUGCUAAUGAGAACGAUGAAACCGGCAACAUUAUAACGGCCACUGAGGAUGCCAUCAUGGCCUCCAGUGACUGUGAGCUAAAUGAGGGUGGCAAAUCGAGAAGACAGGGUUCUUCAUCUAACAGCAGUGGUGUGGGGGUUGUGGCGCCUGGAGGCACUGUGAAGAGUGGCAUAAUACCAGGAAACCUGGUGCUGCAGCAUGUUAAUAAAGUCAGUGAUCCCAGUUUGCAGGGCCAUGUAGUGCUGGAGCGUAAUGCCAAUGCUUUAAGUGGUCCGGGUACAACUGGUACCUUAAGAUCUACGGGAGGUAUGCGCACACCCAGUGCUGGCCAUACCUCGCCCACCUCCUCAGUGAGUUCAACACAUUUGAUAUUUGGCCAGGGUCAUAAACAACAGCAAUUAGCUGCAGGCAGCAUGAAUGGUGGGGGCCAACCACCACCACCAGAAGGUUUUUAUCAUCAGCCAGAUUAUUAUGCCUGGCAAAAGGCCAAUAAGGGAGCUCAAGCUAGAGACUAUCAUGGUCCGGGGGUAUCACCGCAGCAGCAGCAACAGUCGCAUGAGUUCUUCUAUUGGACCCAGAAACAUAAUCAGGGCCAGGGCAAAAAGAAACGAGGCAGUAACACUGGCUCUGACUCGCCCAGCGGUUCAUUGCACUCGCGCAAUACGGCCACAUCUCAACAGAUAUUGUUUUAUCCUUCAUACAAGAAGACUUCAAUGAAACAACAGCAACAGCCAACACAACAUCCCUACUAUGCUGAAGCCUUAGAUCCGGGAGCUCCUCCGCCCCACUACCAGCAGCAGCUGCAACAGCAGCAAAGACGGCCACAUCCCUAUCAACAGCAACAACAACAGCAGCAACAAUUGUCUUCAGACGAUGAACAAAUGGAGCAUGCCGCACAUGCCCAUCUGUUGCAGCAAAUGAAUCGUCGUGGUCCCGGGCCCGGAGAGUUUGCCAUCUCCCAGCCGGGCACUCAACAACGUUACUAUAGAAAUAAGCAUUCCAACUGUGAUUUAAACCAACCAGAUAAAUUUGAUUUAACCCGUGGUGUUGGUGGUGGUGGAGGUGGAGUCGGCGUCGGUGUGGGCGGUGAAACCUACUACAACCAAGGUUCAUUGGCCAGUGAUAAUGGUCCCGUAUACGAAGAGAUUUUAAGUAAUCGUACCUCAGAUGUACAACAUUACAAUGUCGACGAUUUGUUACCGCAUCAUGACUACGAAGAUGAACGUGUCAUGCAGGCCGUCUAUCAGCGCCAACAGCAACAACAGAGAAUGUUGAAAAAUCGCUAUCCUCAUAAUGGUGGUGGUGGUAAGGGUGGUGUUGCGGUCGGUAUUGUGGGUGGUCCUGUUAUAAUGCCGGGCAAAGUUCAACGUCCCCAACACGAUUAUGUGGAUGAUUUUGAGGGUCAUGAGGCUGAAAGUCCCUAUACGGAUGAUGAGGACGACGAGGAGGAGGAAGAGGAGCCCGAUGAUGAGGGCAGUGAUGAUCAUUUACCGCCACAAAGUGACGAACGUAUGCGUAGGCUAAUGGCUAUGCAGGAUGCUGAUUUUCAAAGAAGGUUUCAGCGUCAACUGCGUAAAAAUGCCCAAGCCAGUGAGGGUACAGCAUCAGCGCCCUGCUACAAUGACUAUCAUGAACCCCAAUAUCCCUUGCCGCCACAUCAGCAACAACAACUGCAGCAGCAGCAACAACAGCAGCCACAACUACAACAGCCGAUAACGGUUUUUGGGGUAAGUAGCGGUGCUGGUGGUUCAGUGCGUAGUUUCAAAAAGACUACAACUGCCAACGGUAGCCGCUUAGCUGUUAAUGAACUAUUUGCCACCACACAUGGUCCACCCUUGCCACCGGCCAAUCAACAUCCCAUGCAAAAGAAGCAACAAAUGCAACAGCAGCAGCAACAACAACAGCAGCUGCAGCUACAACAGCAACAACAAAUAUCACCACAAUCAGUCAACAAUAUGCCAGUAGUGGGACGCAAUAUAUCAGCCAUGUUGGAUGAAAAUAAUACUGUGAGAUGUUAUUUAGAGCCUUUAGAAAAGUAAACAAAACAAAUUAACAAGAAAACAAAAAAACAAAACAAAACCAAUUAAAUUUAAUACACAAAAACACUUUAAACAUUUUAUAUACAUAUAAAUAUUUAUAUAUAUAAAGACAUUAAUUAUUAUUACAUGUUCAAGGUGUAUUUAUUAAAACAGAUUAAAAGAAAAAAGAAAAGAAACAGAAACCGAUCGAUAACUUAGUUAAGCUAAAAUUUAAAUAUAUUACAAACAA